GAAUUGCUUAACAUGGGUCAGUCAGGAAGCUGGAGUUUCAGCCCUACGGGUGUCUCGGGAAGUGGGUGCAGCCCCCUGUUCUACUACUGGGAAAGAGCCCUCAGGACUGCCCCCAGACCCUGCCCUCACCCUGGCGCCCGUGCCCACGGGUGGCUCCCAGAACAUCCUGGUACCUCUGGCCAACGCUGCCUUUUUCCAAGGUGGAGCCCUGGAGUGUAGUUUUGGGCUGGAGGAGGUCUUCGAGGCUGUGUGCGUGAAUGAGUCCAUCGUACACUGUGACCAGGUGAUGGCGAGUGGGGUGACUCCAGCAUGGGUGGAGGGUGGGCCUGCAUAAGUCCAGAUGCUGUACCCCUCACUCUGCCCUGCCCCUCUCUACCUUCUGCUUCCCCCAUCCCCAUCCCCAGCAGCCCCGCCCUCAUCUGCCUCUGGGACACCCACCCCCAGCAGAGCCCCAGGCACUCCCACGCCCCCCAUGCUCUUUUCCGUCCUUUUGCAGCUGCAUACGACCCAGAAAAGCCAGGUGUUCCCGCUCAGUCUCCAGCUAAAGGGGCAGCCAGCCCGAUUCCUGGACAGCCCUGAGCCCAUGAAAGGUAAGGCCCGAUACACGCUCAACGAGGAGUGGCUGCUGCGGGAGAACAUAGAGGCUAAGCCCUGGAACCUGAACGUGUCCUUCCAGGGCUGCGGAAUGGACUCGCUGAGCGUGCGGGCCAUGGACACUGACACGCUGACGCAGGUCAAGGAGAAGAUCCUGGAGGCCUUCUGCAAGAACGUGCCCUACUCCCAAUGGCCGCGCGCGGAGGAUGUCGACCUCGAGUGGUUCGCCUCCAGUACACAGAGCUACAACCUUCGGGACCUGGAUGACACCUCAGUGGUGGAAGACGGCCGCAAGAAGCUUAACACACUGGCCCAUUACAAGAUCCCUGAAGGUGCCUCCCUGGCCAUGAGCCUUAUAGACAAGACCACCACCACACUGGGCCGAGUGAAAGACUUGGACACAGAGAAAUAUUUCCAUUUGGUGCCGCCCACGGACGAACUGACAGAGCCCAAGAAGUCUCACCGGCAGAGCCACCGCAAGAAGGUGCUCCCAGAAAUCUACCUGACCCGCCUGCUGUCCACCAAGGGCACGCUGCAGAAGUUUCUGGAUGACCUGUUCAAGGCCAUUCUGAGUAUCCAUGAAGACAAGCCCCCGCUGGCUGUAAAGUACUUCUUUGACUUCCUGGAGGAGCAGGCUGAGAAGAGGGGAAUCUCCGACCCAGACACCCUACACAUCUGGAAGACCAAUAGCCUUCCUCUCCGGUUCUGGGUGAACAUCCUGAAGAACCCCCAGUUUGUCUUUGACAUCGAUAAGACGGACCACAUUGACGCCUGCCUCUCAGUCAUCGCACAGGCCUUCAUCGAUGCCUGCUCCAUCUCUGACCUGCAGCUGGGCAAGGAUUCGCCAACCAACAAACUCCUCUAUGCCAAGGAGAUUCCCGAGUAUCGGAAGAUCGUGCAGCGCUACUACAAGCAGAUCCAGGACAUGACGCCGCUCAGCGAGCAGGAGAUGAACGCCCAUCUGGCUGAGGAGUCUCGGAAAUACCAGAAUGAAUUCAAUACCAAUGUGGCCACGGCAGAGAUUUAUAAAUACGCCAAGAGGUAUCGGCCACAGAUCAUGGCUGCACUAGAGGCCAACCCCACGGCCCGGAGGACACAGCUGCAGUACAAGUUUGAGCAGGUGGUGGCUGUGAUGGAGGACAACAUCUACGAGUGCUACAGUGAGGCCUGAGACACACGGAGAGCUGGUCAGGCUGCUGCUGGGGAAACAAGAUGCCUGCUGGGGCUCGACCUGAUCUUCCACCCCUUGCCUGUGACUCAGGCUGGGAAAUACUGAGCAGAGACGGCUGGGGCGGGGGCAGGAGGAGGGGCUGCUCUGAGCCAGGCAGAGGUGCUCAGCCUUGACCCCUGGGGACCUCCAUGCCCUCCCACCUGGUUCCCAGAUCAGUCUCUGGGACGGGGGCCAGAGAGCUGGUCAGGCUCCCCCGUCUGCCCAGCACGGCCUGUACUGUGCCCACCCACUCGCUCCGCAGCGCCCAGCUGGUCCUGCUGCUGAGAGCCCCGAGCAACCAGGCAGCCAAGCACAAAGACGGGGAGAGGAGGCUGCAGCCCAGAAACUCUACCUCAUCUACACUGGGGCAGGGAGCCGUCCUUGAACCGGCCUUUGAUUGGUUUCUGCUUCAACCACCAAAACGUCAUCACCACUUUCCCCUCACCCAAAGAGGAUCCUGGCCACAGACACUUUCAAGCAGUGUCAGGUUUUUGUUGCUUGGGCGGCUGUUGGUAGAGUGGGCAGUGCCCACGCCAAGGGGUGCUCUGUGGGCUCCUCCAGGAGCAGGAAGGGUGGAGGGGAGGGGAGGGGUGGGGAAUACAGGAGCUGAGAGCCCCGUCUCCAGGGAAAGGAGAGGGGUUAGGAUGCACCUAGGCUGUAGCUGGGCUACUUGCUCUUGCUGGAAGUGUUUCUAAAGAUAGCACCACAUUUUUUUUUUUUAAAAAGCUUUUAUAUAUUAAAAAAAAAAAACGUAUCAUGCACCAACUGUGAAUAGCUGGCGCUUGCGCAGAGGACCCGGGGAAGUGUCCCGAGAGGCUCCCCCUGCAACACUGGAAAAGACUGCUCCAGAGAUCGGGCAGACCUGGCAGAGCGCCCCCGGAGCCUGAGACCAGCACCCAUCCCGCUCCUGCCAGAAGCGACCCUAUGUGGCCGAGGGGCCAUGUCGGCCCCUUGAAGUCAACUCAGCCAGUGUUGGGACUGGCUCAGAGCCCAUGGGGGCCGGAGGAGGGCAGCUGGGACUCUGGAAUCUUUUUUAUAAUAAAAGCCUGACGGGCAAACCUC